CGGUUACUGGUAGUCCUGAACUGGUCUCCAGGUCGUAUGCGUGAGGAAGAAAGGCAGAGGAGUUGCCCUUGUUUUCUCCUAUUGGCACCUAUCAAAAUCGAAUCCUGCUCACUUCCCCCUGACUAUUCAUUUGGAAAUGGGCCUGCAGGCAAGAAAGACAGAGGCAAGGGCACCUGAAAUGGAAGGGAAAGCAAAGCCUUUCUGAAGUGCCUCCCUCCACCCCCACCCUCACCUGUUCCUAUCCCAAUAGGUAGAGCAGUGGAUUGAGCAGUAGGAAAAAAAAAGAAUAGGUGAGGUGACAACAUUCAUGAUUAAGUGCGUGUUUCAUCAGCUGAGAACAUAGCACAAGGAUAGUCCAGUUCCUGCUGCGUUUUGAUUAGUGGGGCUUGAGGGUUUGGGUCAUCCAAAAGUGGAUUUCUUUCCCAUAGGGAGUGCCAGGCAGCAGGGCUGAGAUGCAGCUCAACUACAGUGAGACUUGGGGGAGGAGUAGCAGUUCCACGGCCUGGAGCUGCAUGGCAGCUCUGAGCCAGAGCUCAAGCCCCAUCCCAGGCACAGACUGGUGCUCUGUGCUUCCCACAGCCCAUUUCUGCUAUGCAGGUUUCCCAAAAGCACUGGCAACACAAGCUUAGCAGAUGACCCUGCCCCACUUGUCAGCUAGCUCAGCACUUAUAGGAAAUGCAGGAAGCCUCCAGGGUUUUGCCACCUGUCUCCUUCCAGUUUUCUGUCCUACGCUCUGCACACAAUGCCUGUCGGUUCCAGGGAAUGCACCUGUCCCACUGCCACCACUCCUUGUGCUGCAGCUCAUCUGGAGCACUCACAGAGCCAAGGCCUCUUAGAACCACAGAUCCUGGGAUCUUUCCCAAAGACUGUGCUGUGACCAUGUCUGAGCUGGAGAAGGCCAUGAUCGCCAUCAUCGAUGCUUUCCACCAGUACUCUGGGAAGGAAGGAGACAAGCAUAAGCUGAAGAAAUCGGAGCUGAAGGAGCUCAUUAACAAUGAAUUAACCCAUUUCCUUGGUGAGAUCAAAGACCAAGAGACUGUGGACAAAGUCAUGGAGGCACUGGACAGUGAUGGGGAUGCAGAGUGUGACUUUCAGGAGUUUGUGGCCUUCAUCGUCAUGGUUACCUCUGCUUGCCAUGAGUUCUUUGAGCAUGAGUGAGCUGGUGAGAAGCAGUUGAGCAGCUCCCACUCAUGCUGGAGAGAUGCAGAGCAGCACCACUCCUCUUGGGAAAAGACUGGAUGCACUUGGGAGCUCCGUGAAGUUAAGCUUGUGCUACUUAAGCAGCUUAUUAAACUCUGCAGCUUUGUGAGCUGAAAUGCCCAUGCAUCUUGGGAAAGCCUCUUGGACAGUGCCCACCUGGGAUGCUGUGUGUAUGAAUGCCUCAUCGCAAGCUCACUCCCUGCUGCUGCAUGCAAGGGACAGGCAGGGGGCUGGAAGCAGGUGGCUGCUGCAACCCAAGGUUGCUGGCAAAGGGAGAAGGAAAAUUCAAGGGUUGAGGCAGGGAGUGAUGCAGAGAGGCUGGCUAGAGAAGCCUGGCUCUGAGCCCAUUGGGCUACACUGAAAGACUCCUGUGACCUUUGUGGGCUCUGACUGCCCUGUGCGUGCUACUAACCCUGGAGACUUAGCAGAGCCCAUGCAGUCCUUGCCUGCUCGAGACACUCCUGGCUUGAAAGGCAAAGCAUAACCAUGUAACAGCUCAGGCUUUUCUCCUGUCUAUGAAUCCUCCUGCUUGUAGCUGUCUGCAGAACUGGAAGUGAAAGCAUAGGAGGCUCCUGGGCUGGGCCUGAGGCAUGCAUUGGCAAGCUCUACAGGCUCAGCCAGAAGGAAGGGGAAAAUCCAUACGUGAUCAGCUGCAGCCUUCAGAGCGUGUGGAAACAAUGAGAAUAAAAUGUUGGUCUGGUCUUUGGGUCAUUAA